AUGCGAAUAGCCAACUGGAUUCCGUCCCCUCCCUCGACCAUCAUGAAUGGCCCUCCGGAUGUUCACAUGGAUGAUGUUGAGGACGUCAAUGACUCUCCGAGAAUGCCAAUCCAACAUCAUAUGCUUCUUCCAAUUCCAAUUCCCAACACCAAAGGCGGCUCGCUGCGGUCCGCUUUCCUCUCAGACUUCAAAUUUGUGUGUUUGUAUUUGACUGAGAAACUUGUUCCAAGUUUGCUGCAACUCAUCGGGGGACGGGAGGAAAAGCGGGAAGCCGUACAAAAACCUGCACGGCAGAUUAUUAAUUUUCUGACUCAAUUCAAUGAGAUUCUUGUUCUGGCUGGCGCAGAUCUUGACUUGCUUGAAUCGGCUUGGAGUGGAAACACCCUACCGAAUGAUCAAACGGAACCGGAGGCCUCUGAGCAGUUUUACGUUCUGAUGGAGGCAAGUUGCUACUUUGACUCCUCUUGGAAUAUUGUCAGGGAAAUUUCUUGCAUUGCCGUUUCAAAGUCGGCUUUUCGUCUUCUCGCAUCCUACGCGAAUUUCGUUGCCAGGCACAGCGGAAUUGAGCGACUUCCAAUGAAUGAGCGUAUUUGCCCCCGGGAUGUUCUUUGGAACUGCAUUGAAUGCUUGCGCUCCGGUUCCCCGUGGCACGUUCUUCUUUCUACGAUUAAUUCCACACUGCUGUCGAUUUACCCUCUUCCGGAGCUUCAAAGGCCCGAUUUCACUCCUGCGGUUGAGGCCUUGGGGUUUGGAUAUGUGAGAAGCAGUCGUGUGAGACAAUUUAUGGAAAGGUACUUGAAACUACGUCUUUGGAAUCUCAUAAAGCGGCCGGCAGUCACCAGACACGAGCUGAGAGCUGCUUUGUCUCAAGGCAUCGGCCGCAAACAGUCGAUUGAAAUGAAAACGAGGAUGCAAAAGGAGCCUCCGCAAUCGGCAGAUCUAUCAUUCAAGCGCUCUUCGCAACAACUUAUUUCUAUUAUGAACAAAGAGCAGCACGACUGCGCUAGAUGCAGCCGAUGUGUUCAGGCUGGUGAAAGUGAAACAUCCCCCGCAGGGCAUGGAUUCCUCGGCCAAAGGAUCUUGCCAGAAAUGUCAGCCUAUGGUGUAGCCCCUAGUCGUAUCGAUGAAUGGAUCCAAUGGGUACCGGCGAGGGAUUGA